UUCUUUCAAUGUAAUUGAAAACUAUAAAACCAAGGGUAUUAUCUAUUAACAACUGUUGGGUGAUAUCCAAAGUUUAUUAAUAAAUUAAUUAAAAAAGGGUUUAUUAAUAAAAAAAACCUAAGUAAGGUCUUCCUUAUUAACAGAUCUAGGGUUUCCGCGAGGGUUUUAACAGCUGAAGUCCUUCGUGAGCAGAGGUUCUGGAUUACCGUAACAAGCUCAUCCGCCAUUCUUUGCUUGAGCAAUUUCUUCGAAAAUGUCACUUAUAGCGAACGAAGAGUUUCAGCACAUUCUUCGUGUGCUGAACACCAAUGUUGAUGGGCGACAGAAGAUUAUGUUUGCUCUGACUUCCAUCAAGGGUAUUGGUCGCCGUUUCGCUAACAUAGUCUGCAAGAAGGCCGAUGUUGAUAUGAGUAAAAGGGCUGGAGAGCUGUCAGCACAGGAAUUGGAAAAUCUUAUGGUAAUAGUGGCGAAUCCUAGACAGUUCAAGAUCCCAGACUGGUUUCUUAACAGAAAGAAGGACCACAAGGACGGGCGUUUCUCUCAGGUGGUUUCCAAUGCCCUCGACAUGAAGCUCAGAGAUGAUUUGGAACGUCUCAAGAAGAUCAGGAAUCACCGUGGUUUAAGACAUUACUGGGGCCUUCGAGUGCGUGGACAACACACAAAGACCACUGGUCGUAGGGGAAAGACUGUUGGUGUCUCAAAGAAGCGUUGAUUAAUUAUUUUCAGGGAGAACGUUGUUCUGCUUGGGUGUUAUCUUUAAUGAUAUUUUAUAGGUAUUUUUAAAUAUAAACAUUUUUGAGAAGUAUCAUAAUGUGCCAACAAUGCCAUUAAAUUUUUGAGCUUUGACUAAAGCGAGGUAUUUGGAUAUUUUUCUUUGGUCAGUUUAAUGUGAAUUGUAUUUCUGCAUUCGGUCAAUAGAUAUGGUUCGAAUUUUAAUUGUU